GGUGGAAAUCCGCAUUUGGGAAUGGAUUAUAAUCAAAGUGGAAACUCGAGACAGACAGAUAGAGGAUCCAACUGGACACCUGGCGUCCAAGAAAAUCCGAUGGGCCAGCUUCAUCGACCACCGUCUUUUCCUGGUCAAGUGGUCUCUAGCAGUCAGCCUUCUCGACCAGAUCAACAG